AUGAAUGACCAAAGAAGACGAUUGGGCAGUUGUGAGCUGUACAGCAUAGUCUGGAUAGCAGCUAUCAUAGUCGAGCUUACUGCUGCAAGAGCGAUGCUCGAUGAGGAACACGACCCACCGACCGACUUUGAAAAAAACAAGGCUGACGGGAAUAAAUAUGUCUGGGGACGCAUUGACAACCACAACAUCCUCAUUGCUUUCCUUCCCGCCGGCUUUUGCGGACAGAACAAUGCGGCGACGACCAUAGCUUGCUUCAGAUCUUCGCUGCCGCACAUCAAAUUUGGAGUCUUGGUUGGCAUUGCUGGGGCAAUACCUAGAACGACAGUACUGGAGGACAAAGUGUACAUCGACAAAAAACGGGAUAUUCGCUUGGGUGAUGUUGUGAUUGGUCGUCCAGGUGGUACUUCCUCCGGUGUUCUCCAAUAUGACUUUGGCAAAAUGCUGCCCAAAAAUGGGUGGGAGAGAACUGGAUCUAUCAACCUACCUCCACAUGAUUUACUCUCUGUCGUCCAGUUUCUCGAGUCAAAACCAGACAAGCUUUCUGGUCAGAUGCAAGCACUCAUAAACGAGAUGAUUGAGAGAGAGCCGAGCAUGAAAGAGGAAUCCCAACAUCAAGGCGCGGCACAUGAUCGACUUUUCAAGGCAGAUUAUGUUCACAGGACCGAAGAUCCCGACUGCAGUGGUUGUGAUCCCUCGCAGGAGAUUCCUCGACCAAAACGCAAGUCAACACUUCCCGCGAUCCACUACGGCGUGAUCCUGUCAGGCAAUUCACUGGUCAAAGAUGCCGAGCAGAGGGAUACUAUUGCAAGGACAACAAUGCAAGACUGCAUUUGCUAUGAGAUGGAAGCCGCUGCCAUUGUUUCACAGCUUCCGUGCCUGGUAAUACGCGGUAUUUGUGAUUAUGCAGACAGUCACAAAAACGAUGUUUGGCAGCCGUAUGCCGCUGCGACAGCGGCUGCAUAUGCAAGGAUACUUAUCUGCAAUUUGGACCCCCCAAUCCAGGUCAAGAAGAUUCGAUCCAAAGAAUUAGCCUUGCUGUUUGAUCCCAUGUUUGAAUCUGUGAAGAAGCUUGAAGCUCAAAACGGGAGAAUAGAACAGUCGUGCGAGACUGUAGCUACCGCCGCCGAACUCGAUGUCCUCUCACGCCUGCCCAUCUCUGACGAAGCACGGUAUGACUCUUGGGAGGAAAGCAAGAGCGCCCACUGCCUCCCGGAAACCCGUAAAGAUAUUUUCAAGCAGCUAUUAGAAUGGCUAGAGAAGGAGCGUCCGCGCACCUUUUGCCUGAAAGGCAUGACGGGCACGGGCAAAUCUACAAUAUCCCGGAGCUUCGCCACAGACCUGCGAGCGCGCGGUCAACUAGGCGCUUCUUUCUUCUUUAAAAGAAAUAAUAUGAGGCGUGGUACGGCAAAACUGUUUUCCAGUACUAUUGCCGCAGAUUUAGCAGGCCGCUUUUCUGCUGCCCGCGCGAGCAUUGUCGACACGGUGAACAGAAAUGAGCGCAUUGCUCACACAGAGGCCAAACAGCAAUUCCAGCUUCUUGUGUUGGAGCCGCUGGCCAAAGUCCAGCUCGACAAAAACAUUGCCAUUGUCAUCGAUGCAGUUGAUGAAUGCGAUGACACAGACUUGAAGACCUUCUUUUCCCUCGUCUCUGCCUUUCAAAGGGCAGAGCUUCCAAGGGUCAAGCUCUUUUUUACGAGCCGUCCGGACCUUCCUGUGCUCAACUUAUACAAGCCAUUGACAGACGAGUAUGCGACGAUGGCUCUUCAUGAAGUGCAAAGAUCUACCAUUGACCACGAUCUUCGGAUAUACCUGAAGCAUAGGCUGGAGGAGGUUCGCGAGAGUUACAAUAAUUCAGUGGACCAAUUACACAAACAACUGGGACCGAGCUGGCCGAGCCGGGAGGAUGUCGAUAGGCUGCUCAAGAUGUCCGAUCGGCUCUUCAUAUCCGCUGCAACCAUGUGCAGGUCGCUUGAAGAGGAUGAUUCUAUGAGUCGUCCUGACUUGCAGCUCAGUGGCCUUCUAAAACGCAAAACAAUGGGCGGUAACGCGUUCGAGUCGAUCUACAAGCCGGUGCUCGAUCGUCAAAUUCCCAAGACAUACAUGAGUGAAUAUUCCAGGAAGAAUCAGAUUCGUGAAUGCCAGCAAGUUCUCGGCGCAAUAUGUGUUUUGCGCGGCCCUGUCUCUGUACCAACCCUUGCGCGUCUUUCGGGCCUCGACGUCGAAAAACUCGAGCAUCGUUUGAGGAGCCUCCAAUCUGUGAUUGAAGUAAUCAGCCCUAGAGACUCGACGAACAAAGAAGAAAAUCACGUUAAGGUUUUGCAUCGCUCGUUUAUAGAUUACUUUCUGUCGAACGAGGGGGAGUUUUCGCCAAUCCGGGUUGAGGAGAAGGUUGCUCAUCACACCAUGAUGAGGCGCUGCUUAGCGAUUCUCCAUGGGCCUCAGACUUCACUGGCAUUCAGACUUUGCCGAUUCGACUCGUUUGGCUAUCCUUGUUUCUGGAAUUUUCGUCCAGAGGACUUGAACGGCUUUUUUACAGAGGAGCUAGCUUACGCCUGCCGUCACUUCCACAGACAUGCACUUUCUGCACAAGUCGAAAUAAAAGACGCCAUUCACUGGUUGGAGCUGAAAGCUUGGGCCGAGAUUGGAGACUAUUCAUAUCCAGCAAGAGAGUUUCUUCGGCUCCAAAGACUCAUCAGCCGUAACAAGAAAUCCGUAGAGGUCCAAGCGUUAUUGAAGGAUGUGUACCGCUUCGCGGCCGCGAAUUGCGAGAGCUUAGACGAAGCACCGCUGCAAAUAUACACGGCGCUCAUUUUCACACCAAGGAAUAGCAUCGUCCGGAAGAUUUUCGAGCAUCAAUAUAACACAUGGGUCCAGGGAAAACCCAUCGUCGAAUAUAAAUGGAGCCUGGGGUUCAUGACUACCACAGUCAAGCCUCUGCCCGCUCGAGGAAUACUGAAACUUCUCUUCUCACCAAACGAAAGAGUCUUGGCCGCAAUGAGCUGUGAUGCCGUUUGGUUCUUAUCCUACUUGGGCGAACAGUUUCUCUGGAUCCCGAUCGACAACCCCGUAGGUAAUGGUGAAUCACCUGUUGCUGUCGUCUUCUCCUCCGACUCUAAUUUGUUCGCGCUCCGCAACGGGGUUGACGAGAUUGAAAUAUGGAACAUUGAAAACGGGAGCGAGAAUUUCAAGAACAAGGUCCGGUCCUUCAAAGUGAAAUACGAUGCCGACUACUUUCAUCGACCGAGAUCCUUCACUCACAAUAACACCUGUGUGCUGAUUGCUUCACAUCAUUCCGCCGACUUUUGGUCGAUCGAAAGCGGCCAACAUGUCGGCAGCAUUAGAUUUUUUCCCUACGCCGCCCAUGAAGUAGCAGUGUCACCUGACUGUUCGCUUUUGGCCGGCCACUUUGACGAUUGCCUCAUGUACUGGAACAUAGAAUCAGGUGAGCGGAUCCGCAUGACUUUUCUACCGACAGAGAAGAGAGCUCCAAGCUAUGAUCUGGUACUUUCGUCAAACAUGACCGCAUGGACAAUCACGACCGAGUUGACCGGGAGCCAGGAAGUGUACUCGACCGACGCUGUUGGUCCGCUGGCAUUUCUCCAGAAAGAAAAUAAUGCAUACACAAUCUCCGAAGAAUAUCUCAUUAUCGAGUAUGAAGAUGAAAUCAGAAUACGGAAACAUGAAGACCAAAACCCCCAAGUCAUAAAGAAGACGUCUCCAGGUCCAAUCACGACGAUCGCUCAUGGCGGAACACAGCUUGCGUCCUCUACAACAGACGACAUAGCGCCAGGGGUCAUUUUCUUUUACAGACUGCCAAAAUAUCAACCGAGAACCGUGGAUUUUUCCCCUUGCCCAACAGACGAGGGGUUUAGCGACGGACUCCCAGAAUACUUCCAAAAUUCUCCCAAUGGUACCCUGCUGGCGUCCAUAGACCCGAAUUGGGCACGCAUCGUGAGCGCAAGACCAGGACCACCGAGCUUGGUCGAGAAUAGGGGUCUGGCGGAAAUGAUUGCCUUUUCUUCUACGGGUGAUUACUUUACUACAAGUACUAGCAGGCAGCUCUCCCUCUGGGAGAGGACAGGAAAAAGGAAUCGCUCCCUGCGGAAUCGCUAUUUUGCUGACGAGGGAUACUAUAUCCGGUCCGCAGAUUUUGCGUCGGACGCGUGCCUCGUUUUGGUAAUUGCCGAUGGCAAGGGUAUGGUUCGUCUUGUUGCGCUGGAGGUUUCGAGCUUCAAAAUCCUCGGAAAUUCACCAAUGUCAAGAUUCGACGCGCACGAAGCUGUUUUCUCGCCGGAUGAACGCAUAUUGGCCCUAACUGAUGAAUCCCGGGUCUAUAUCUGGGAUUAUCUUAGGGAUUUGUUACUGCUGACUAUACGUGCAAGCGUGACGGCUGUUCGAAUAUCGCCAGACUCGACCCUCGCCCUCUUGAUAGGUUAUAAUUUUCACCAAUUCUGGGACAUUAGGCGAGGAAUGUGUCUACAUUCAGAAACUCGGCGUCCGUUUUCCGGCGCUACCUUUGACCGCAUACAACCAGUCAUUCUCACCAAUAGCGGCAAAGUAGCAUACUGUAUUGCAAGCAGCGCAGCUCAAGCUCUGGGCCAUGAUGAGUCAGGGCUGGAGCAGGCGUUGUUGCCGGAUCAUAGUGGCUGGGAGAGUGGCCGCUCGCGAGCCGCAACACCAGAACCCCCCCGGACCAUGGUCUUUCGGCGAAUCGGGUGGGGGAUUUCCUCAAACGGGAGCUGGAUUACCUGGAACGGCAGGAAAUGGAUGCGGCUGCCCACGCAGUACUGUGCGUAUAGCAGUGCUAUUGAUGGAAAUCAUGUGCUCAUCGUGAACCAUGCCAACAUUGAAGUGCCGUACGAGUUUGCCGAUGUCCCUUGGUUGGGGGAGCUGCCGAAUAAUGUCGAUGUGGAAAUGACGGACUAUUAUGAAGAAUGUGAUCCGAAAGGGCUAGGAAUUAUACAACAACAGGGUGAGCACGAUUACGACAACUUUUUUUCAAUGUAUACGGGAUAA